AUGAGAAAAUCACGUAAAGUUUCCAGUGAUGAUAUUGCUUUUUGGGUUUAUCCUAAAGAUAUGGAUUUUAAAAUUCCAAGGAAAUACAAGUUGAAAAAAAGAUAUAGCGACUUAACGAUUGAAAGGAUACAAAAUUUGAAUAAAGGAAAUUUUAUAUCACGACUACGCAGCACCAACUUGCAUGAAGCAAUUGGACCUACCCUAUUCACAGCUCAACUAUUUGGAUUAAUGCCUAUUUCUGGAGUUUUGUCUAAAAAUCAUCAUAAUUUAAAAUUUCGUUGGUUUGCUUGGAGAACGUUGAUAAGUUUAAUAGUUUUAUUUGGAAGUGGUGUUAUGUGUAUUUUAGCUACAAUCAAUUUGGCAAAAUUUGGUGUAACUUUUUAUAACAAUACUACGCUUGUGUUCUCAGUGAGUACGUUUGCAUCUAUUGUUUUAUUUCUAAGAUUGGCCUGUCGUUGGCCCAAACUUUUAGGCAAGUUUUUGGAAGCUGACCAAAAAAUGGGCCCUGCGUAUGGUAAUAUGCCAUUGGGGUUGAGAAUGUCACUAUUAACGGGUAGCGUACUCAUACCCUCUUUAGUGGAAUUUUAUUUAUCAAUAAACAGUAAUUAUUCCUAUGCCAAGAAAUGUGCAAUUAGUGGUACUAUAUUAGAAGAAUUUUUCAAAGUGAGCUUUCCAGAGGUAUAUAUGUGGAAUGGAAAUAAUAUAAAAUUAGCAGCAAUGUUUCAGAUAUUAAAUAUAGCAACGACAUUCACAUGGAAUUAUACAGAUCUAUUUAUAAUUUUGAUAACAGCCGCAUUAACCCAAAAAUUUAAACAACUGAACAAACGUUUAGAACAAGUUAAAUAUAAGGAAAUGUCUGUACAAUUUUGGAGAAAUAUUCGUGAAGACUAUGUCUUGCUGUCAGAGUUAGUAAAAACAGCAAAUGAAAUUAUUGGGCCUAUAAUACUUAUAUCAUUUUCUAAUAAUUUAUAUUUCAUAUGCUCUCAACUUCUGAAAGGAGUUACACGUUCGAAUAGAGACAAAGCUCAAGCUUUUUACUUCUGGUUUUCGUUUAUGCUUUUAAUGACAAGAACAUUUGCGGUAUCUUUAUUCUCAGCAGAAGUCGCUCAUGAAGCAAGAAGACCAGAAGGCGUCAUGCGCACGUUGCCAUCUACAGGAUACUCGCAGGAUGCGCAAAGAUUCUUGGAUCAUGUGGCUGCUAGAAAUGUCCAAUUAAGUGGAAUGCAUUUUUUUUACAUAUCCAGAAGAAUUAUGUUAACCGUAGCGGGAACGAUAAUAACAUAUGAGCUCGUUCUUAUCCAGUUCAAUCUCAGCGAUCUAAAAAAUACUAGAAAUUAUUGCCAUGAAUUCAAUAGAUUUUAA